CAAAGAAACAAGCAUUCGACGUAUAAUUCAUACCGGUACCCUCCGAGGGCCGACGAGAAAGUAGUAAGCCAGGACGUCGAGGUUGUACUAUUGUUGAUUUUUCUUAUAUUAAAGAUUUGACUCAUCUUCUUUAUCUUUGUUUAUUUAAGCCGAAGAAAAAAUGCUCAAACAAUUAUGCCAUACGUGUCCUCGUACGAGUGCUUCGAGCUGCACUUUAUCCGGCGUCAGACAGUUGAUGGAGCUGUCACGAACGGUAUCCUCCAGCUCGUCGUCCAGCAAUAGCAGAAAUGCUUGCUCCGUGUUUCCGAACAGAAACGCUUGUGCUGGACCGAAGUCUUGGAGCGACGCCUACAGUUAAGGGUUAAGGGUAGGUUAAAGGUGCUUUUCUUACCGCUUUUUAUGCCUCUCUCUCUUAGGAUGAGAAAGGCAUAACAAGCGGGGUAAGCGAGCACCAAAAACCUACCUGUAAAAGGGUUAGACCACAUUGAAGUCUUCACUACCAUCCUUGACUUUUUUUCCAGUAGGAAAAGGGUGGUCAGGGAUGAUCUGAAGAAUGCAAUGUCGCAACCUCUAAUACAACGCCAGAGCUUCAAGAGGUUUUGCGACCAUCACAGACGUAGAGGCAUCAAAGGGUGCGGGAAAGAGGCCUCUGGAGACGUGGGAAGAAAUAGAUCAACACUAUGUGAAAGCUCCUAGUUUGGAGAACUACAAGCGACCGAAAAAUGCUCCUCUCCCUACCGAUUUGAAGCGAAGCGACUAUCACCAGUUCAUGCGAGGGAAGCCAUGUAUCGUUGUCGUCCCUUGUUAAACACGCAUGCAUGCUAUAUUUAGAUAGAAGUAGCGUAAGAUCAUCCUAGAAGAUGACGAUGAUGAAGAUGCUGAUGAUGAUGAUGUUUACCUCAGGAAACGGUACAUCAAUUAUCAAGUACAACAGCGUGAACAUCCAUUUCAUCCUCCACCUACAUCCUUAAACAGCGCGAUGGCAGCGACAAUUGAUCGGUCCUGCAGUUGGGUCUGCGCUUUUCUGCUUCUGCGUAUGCGAGUUUGCCUAUGCAAUGUACUGUCUAUACCCACGACUCCUGUGAUGUAUCAUGUGUGAGUGCCUAGUUGUUUGCUAGUUCAUCUUGUAGACAUGAACAUGAUUAAAAUUUUUUUGAUCAUGAUUUUUUUGAUCACGCUUGCUGGCUCUGUGACUACAUCAACCCCUAAGUAGUACUUGUUCUACAACCUCAAUAGCCAACGUUCCGGUUUGUUCGGUCUUUGGAUGAAUCAGAAAUAGGACAGUUCUGUUUCUUCAUUGAAGGUUCAAACUAAAGCCCGAUGAUUUCGAGUGGAUUGAGGAAGAGCGAGCACGCGCCAAGGCUGCUCGUGGUAUCCUCGAUAUUCAGAUGCUGAAAAAUGAAAAGCUAAGAGAACAGAAAGCGGUGAUGUUGUCUUCCGGUGGAGGAGUGCCGGUGGGCGAGGAAGCAUGAGCGACUGCGGCGAUCAUAUCUUGUUUUAAAGGAGGCCUGCUCCUACUGGGCGAGGAAUCAUCUUGAUCAACAUCUCGUCUGCAUGGGAAGAUCUGAACAAGAGACGGACGAGGACCAUACAGCGACACGGGAAGGGGCUAUAGAAAGAGUGACUUCCCGCUCUAUUCCCUCACGUGAAUUUAUCCGUGGUUCGUGCAUCACCACUUUCUCGUCUCUUUCAUGAUUAUAGUACUGAGUAGAUGAAGAGAUGUUGUAGAUAAUUAUUCUCCUCGUCGGACACCGACUCCGAGGACGAACAAAAUCAAGAUCUUCUACCAAACUACUCGUGAAGAACGAAAAAUAUGUACGUCUUCAUUGAAGAAGCUUCAUUGAAAGAACUAUCAGUAUCACGUUGCGCCGCAGUGCGUCAUGAAGAGCCAGGACCCAUG